UACCAGCUUAGACUUUGGAUUUUUCCCAAGUCAGUCUUGAAGGAACCUAUAAAUUCGAUUGAAUUCUUGAUCUUGAUCAUUCAAGCUAAAAUGCUUUCCGUUUUGCCUGUAUCGUCGCUUUGGUUCUGUCUGUAUUUUGUCUGCGUAACGUCUAACCCAAUGUCCGAUCUGGUUAAGCAAAAGGACUAUGACUGGAAAGAUUCAAAUGUCGCUCUUCUUGGAACUGAUAAAGAUCGGGCUGUCAAGAGAUUUAAAAUGGCUUCUCUGGUGAAGGGAAAAGAUUAUGAUUGGAAGGAUUCGAACGUGGCUCUGUUCGGUACCUCCAAAGAUAGGCAGGUGAAAAAGGAAUCUGCCCUGACGGAACCAGCCUGGGAGCCAGUAGGCAAGGCAACAUCUCCUUUCCUUAUGGUCUGGCGAGUUAAUCAAUUCAAAAUUGAACCCGUUCCGGAAGAUGAAAUCGGCAAUUUUUAUAACGGAGACUCCUACAUUGUUUGCAAGGCCACCCAGGCUCCUGGAGGUAACAAACUCCUCUACAACAUCCAUUUCUGGAUUGGAAAGCAUAGCACUUCUGAUGAAUAUGGAACUGCUGCCUACAAGACCGUCGAACUUGAUACUUAUCUUGAUGAUGCUGCUAUUCAACACCGUGAGGUUGAUGGUUUCGAAUCGGAUCUCUUCAACACCUUGAAGGGUGGCUAUGCAUCUGGUUUCCGUCAGGUUAAGCCUGAGGAAUACAAGCCUCGUCUUCUGCACUUCUGCAAGGAGGGCAAGAUUACCUACAUGCGACAGGUCAAGUAUAGCAAACAGUCCGUCCACUCUGGUGACGUCUUCAUUCUCGACUUGGGUGAUCGCGCUUAUCAAUUCAAUGGAGCUACCUCCUCUCCUUUUGAGAGGAGUGCUGCUGCCGCUUUCCUGCAAGACUUGGAAUGCAAACGCAACGGUCGCUGUGUCACUCACGUUUUGGAGGAUGAGACCACACCUAAAGACCAUGAAUUCUGGACCAGCCUUCCAGACGUUCCAGUUCCCGAGAAAGAACCACCAAAGGAAGUUGUCAAGUCUCUGUACAAGGUUUCUGAUGCUACUGGAAAGAUGGAGUUGACCGUCAUUAGUGAAGGCUCUGCUCCAAGAAAGGAAAUCAAAUCAGAUGAUGUCUACAUGAUUCUUGCCAAGCAAGGCCUAUUCGUCUACAUUGGCAAGGAUUGUUCAGUCAACGAGAAGAGGAAUGCUCUUUCCCACGCUCACAAAUUCAUGCAAACCUCUCCAAAUCCCUACCUGCCAAUCACUGUUGUCACUGACGAACAGGCAAAAUCAUUCCUUAAGGACAUUUGGGAUGAGAUAGACUUUGGUCAUCACCUAACUCCUAACCUUGAGCUUGACUUGGGAACCGAGGACGCAAAUAAUUUGUUUGAGAUAUCUAUAACUCACAAAGAGAUGGCUGGUUUAGUUAAAGGCAAGGACUAUGACUGGAAGGACUCGAACGUGGCACUUUUUGGAUCAGACACUGACAGACAAGUGAAAAAGGAAUCCGCAGAGACUGAAAAAGCCUGGAAACCUGUUCGUGACACAUGCUCUCCCUUCCUUAUGGCAUGGCGUAUAAAACAAUUCAAACUCGAGCCCGUUCCUGACAAUGAGCUUGGUACCUUCUAUGAUGGUGAUUCUUACAUCGUCUGCAAAGCAACAAAGAGCCCUAAUUGUGAUAAAUUGAGUUAUGACAUUCAUUUCUGGAUUGGCAAGCACAGCACUGCCGAUGAAUAUGGAACCGCAGCUUAUAAGACUGUGGAGUUAGACACAUUUCUUGACGAUGCUGCAACACAACAUCGAGAAGUGGAUGGACACGAAUCCCCCAAAUUCAUCAGCUACUUCAAGAAGUUUAUGACACUUCAUGGUGGCUAUGAUUCAGGUUUCCGUCAAGUGAAACCCGAAGAAUAUAAACCCCGCUUGUUACACUUCUGUCGUCAGAACAAAGUUACGUAUCUACGAGAAGUCUUCUUUAGUAAACAAUCCGUGAAGUCGGAAGAUGUCUACAUUCUCGAUUUGGGUACAAAAGCUAUUCAGUUCAAUGGAUCCGCCUCGUCGGGUUUUGAAAAAAAUGCCGCUGGUGCUUACCUCCAAUAUCUUGAAAGCCAAAGAAAUGGCCGUUGCAAAACUUCCGUUAUGGAUGAAGAAAACGGCAGAGAUCAUGAUUUCUGGUCUAAUCUACCGGAUGACCCACUUCCCGAAAAAGAACCUAGAAAGGAGAUUGUGAAGGCACUCUAUAGAGUUUCUGAUGAAACUGGCAAGAUGGAAGUCACACUCGUUGCCGAGGGUAAAGCUCCAAAGAAUGAUAUUACGUCUAACGAUGUUUACAUGAUUCUUGCUAAAGAGGGUCUCUUUGUCUAUAUCGGAAAGGAUUGCUCUGUUACUGAAAAGCGAAAUGCUAUGUCAAACGCACACGCAUUUAUGCAAACCUGUCCUGAUCCCUAUCUUCCAAUUACUGUCGUGUGUGAGGAGAAUGCAGAAUCAUUGCUUAAAGGAAUUUGGGACUAG